UCUGCGUCGUCUUCAUGGUUUUUCUUUGAUUGUUACUCACAUCUUUCGGGAAGGAAAUCACCCCGCGGACAUAAUGGCCAAUGAUGAUAGACAAGAGGGUUGGUGGCCUUAUGCGAUUGACAAUAUUAAACAUGCGGUGGCUCGUGAUUUUUCUACCCAUAGCUUUGUUAGAAUGGUGCUUUAAGGUGUUAGUGUUUGUUUCGAAUAGGUUGGAUGCUUUUUGCGACAGGUGCGGUUGCUUCGUUGGGGUUUCGGUUGUCUGCUGGUGUUGGGAUGGUUUUGCAGGAGAGUGGGGGAGUUCUGGUGUUAGGGUCGGGGUGUCAGCGGUGUCUUUUUUCAGUGCUCGGGUGAGCUCGACACUGGGAGCCGACUGGUCGGACCUCUUGGAUCUCCGUGAUCGGCGUGUUUCAACCGUUUCACGUCGAGCUUGCUUGAGGGGCGGCAGUUUUCGUCGUCGAUGUGCCACCUCUUGGAGUGUUAUCUACUUCUUCCGUUUGCAUGGUUUUUCUUGGUUUGCUGAUUUUCCUUUUACCUCCGCUUGUUGUGGAUGCUGUCGUGCUGUUUCUGGUUUUCAGUUUGGUUCCUUUUUGGUUGGUCGUGUUUUUGCUUCUUUUUUGCUUGUUCUCUUUUGUUGGUUUGCUUUGAUGUGUUCGGGAACCGAGCUGCUUAGGGGUGAUGGUUCGGCCGGAAUCUCUGAAGUUGUCUCACUUCCGUUCCCACACAGCUCCUUUUUAGACGAGUACUCUUUUUCCCUUUUAAGGAUUUUCCUAACAGGUUUGCCUUAAAAGGGUUUUAAUGAGGCUCGGCCCUUAGUUUGUUGUUUGUGCACUCAAGGGUUCUUGGUUCUUUUUUCUCUUUCUCUUUUUAAUAAAAUUUAAUUUAAUUAAUUAAA